GCAGGUAACAGUACACAGACAGCCCCUCUACUCUCCCGCAUUCAACGUGUUUCUGGGGGGGAUAGGGGAAGGUAAUGCCGUAAAGCUUUUUUGUCGUAAACCAGGUGCGGAGAAGAAGGGGAGGUGAAGGCAGCGAGGGAGGUGGUGGUGGAGGAGGAGGGGGAGAGGGGGUGAGAGAGGAGGUGACUCUCCGGCAGCAUUUAGACACAACGAAAGGAUCAUGGCGGAUGGCCCCAGGUGUAAGCGCAGAAAGCAGGCGAACCCGAGGAGGACCAACGUGACCAACUACAACAAUGUGCUGGAGGCAGGCUCAGACUCAGACGAUGAGGACAAGCUGCACAUCGUGGAGGAGGAAGGCAGCCUCGCAGACGGGGCAGACUGUGACAGCACGCUGCCGGACGACGAGCACCCAAGCGUGCCGAACUGGGACCCAGUGAAGGAGGACUGCGCUUCAGAUGGCGAGGAUGACGUGAGCACGGACGCCCUGGUGGAGGAGAUGCUCCAGCAAGGAGACACGGCCAUCAUCUACCCAGAGGCUCCAGACGAUGACCUCCAGCGCCAGGGCACCCCCGACGCCAGCGUCCAUGACGAGAACGGAACCCCCGAUUCGUUCUCCCAGCUGCUCACAUGCCCGUACUGCGCGCGGGGCUACAAGCGCUACAGCUCCCUGAAGGAGCACAUCAAGUACCGGCAUGAGAAGACAGAGGAGAGCUUCAGCUGCCCUGAGUGCAGCUACAGCUUCGCAUACCGCGCUCAGCUGGAGCGCCAUAUGAGCGUUCAUAAGGGAGGACGGGAUCAGAGGCACAUCACGCAGUCCGGAGGUAACCGGAAAUUCAAGUGCCCCGAAUGCGGCAAAGCAUUCAAGUACAAGCACCAUCUGAAGGAGCACCUCCGGAUUCACAGUGGAGAGAAACCCUAUGAGUGCUCCCACUGCAAGAAGCGCUUCUCCCACUCAGGCUCGUACAGUUCCCACAUCAGCAGUAAGAAGUGCAUCAGCGUCAUCUCAGUGAACAGCAGACAGCGCCUGGGGGGCAGCAGAAACCAGGCCCAGGGUUCACCACCGGGGCUGCCCACAUCCCCUUCAGUCCACUGCGGACAGAUCAGGGAGAAACUGGAGCACAGCAAGCCCCUCCAGGAGCAGCUGCCUCUCAACCAGAUCAAGACGGAGCCCGUGGAUUACGAGUACAAGCCGGCGGUACUAACGCCUCCGGCCAUGGCCGCUAUGAAUGGCGGAGUGUUCAGUGGAGGUGCUGCUGCCCCUCUGCAGGGUACUGUACAGGCGGUGGUCCUGCCCACUGUGGGGUUGGUGUCCCCCAUCAGCAUCAACCUGGCAGACCUACAGAAUGCCCUCAAGGUGGCAGUGGAUGGUAACGUUAUAAGGCAGGUGCUGGAAAACAACGCCAAAGGCCAGGUGAACUCGGGCCUCACCACUCAAACGCUGCACCCCCCUCAGCAGCAGCUCAUCUCAGCCAUCAGUCUGCCAAUCGUAGGGCAGGAUGGGAAUGCAAAACUUAUUAUAAAUUACAGUCUGGACCCCAACCAGGGCCAGCUCACACCCCAUAACCUAAAGAAAGAGCCUGUGUCUCCGGCUCAGAGUACCGCUGACUCUAUCAAGUCCCAGAAACUCCCCGAGGAUCUUUCAGUCAGAGGCAGCAGGGACCAGGCACAGCAAAAAGAGGAAAAGACCACUACAACAUGUCUACUGUGUGAGAACUGUCCAGGGGGGCUGGAAGCACUCCAUGCUCUCAAGCACUGCAAGAAAGAGGAUCUCAGAUUGAACGGAGCAGGUUUAGAUAAAUCUGAGGCGGUUGCUGCCUUGCUGUCAGACAGAGGAAUCUGCAACCACCCCAAGAACCUCCUGUCCCUUCUCAAGGCCUAUUUCGCCUUAAAUGCAGAGCCCUCUAAGGACGAACUGGUCAAGAUCUCUGACUCAGUCAGUCUGCCGAUCCAUGUGGUAAAGAAGUGGUUUAGCAAAAUGCAGCAGGGUCAGAUAUCUCUGGGCGCCCCAACACCCCCAUCAGAAGAAGAGGACUCCUGUGAAGCUCACAGUGUGGUAUCACUGGUCCCAGGGAAGGACACAGCCACUAUAAGUAGAUCUGUGAGUCAGGAUAGCCCCACAGAGGCUACGCCAGCAGAGGUCAAUGGCACUCACAGCUCACCGGCCUCACCCUCGCCACUUAACCUUACAGCUGGCGGUCCCACCCAAGCCGACACCCCUGAGAGCACUGAAGGACCCCUGGACCUGUCGCUGCCAAAGCCAGCCAGAGAAGAAGCAGAGAGCAUGGCGCCUGCAGCUCGAGUUUACCCCUCUGCUUCCUCCCGCCAGACCACUGAGGAGGAACCUCUGAACUUAACUUGCACAAAGAAGGACAUGUCACCACUCUCAGCCAUGGGGGGAAGCCCCCUCGCACUGUACGCCAACCAGCCAAGUGCCAAACCCCUCGAUAUUGUAACCACAAUGCAAUGCCUGCGAGCACUAACCAACAACAACAAACAACAGACUAUCCUGAUCCCCCAGCUGGCUUACACAUACACCACUACGGCUAACAGCCCUGCAGGGACAGAGACGCACGAAACCAUCCACCUCAAUGGAAUCAAGGAGGAGAGGCUGGAGCUGGGCUCAGAGGGAUUCUCGGUCGUGGACGAGCAGAACGACUCCGACUCGGGCCCAGCGAGGAAGAAGAUGAAGAAGACGGACAGCGGCAUGUACGCCUGCGACCUGUGUGACAAGAUCUUCCAAAAGAGCAGUUCGCUACUGAGACACAAAUACGAACACACAGGGAAGCGACCUCACGAGUGCGGCAUCUGCAGCAAGGCCUUCAAACACAAACACCACCUGAUCGAACACAUGCGCCUCCACUCAGGGGAGAAGCCGUACCAGUGUGACAAGUGUGGCAAGCGCUUCUCCCACUCGGGCUCCUACUCCCAGCACAUGAACCACCGCUACUCCUACUGCAAGAAGGAGACGCAGAGCCAGGCAGGAGGACGGGAGAGCCCCGCGGAGGAGGACGGCGAGGUCCCCGCAGAGCAGCAGAGGCAGGACACGGCGCCCUCUCUACUGGACUCAGACGAGCGAGGGAGCAGCACCAGAGAGGACGAAGAGAGUGAGGAGGAAGAGGUGGAGGAGGAGGAGGAGGGUGUGGUGGACAUGAAUGACAUCCAGGUGGUGCAGAUAGAGGACGAGGAGGAAGAGGACAAAGAGGAGAGCAAGGAGGAGCAGAUGGAGACGGAGAGAGAGGACGGAACAUUAGAGACGGAGGAGAAAGAGGAAGUCGACACAAGGCAGGAGGAGAUGCGGCGGAGCGUUGAGGAGGAGGAAAGCGACGCCGAUAAAGACGAGGUGAUAGAUAAGGAGGGAGGUGCAGCCGAGGAGGCGGAUGGGGAGGGCCAAGGGGAGAGCAGAGGCGAAACGAAUCGGAGCGGGGGUUCUCAGGACGAGGAGGAGACGCCGGAGGAGAAAACAGACACAGACUGAAGCAGGAAGUAGGCUUCUCCGUGCGACACAAUCAGACUCUCUCCUCGCCCCGCGCCGAGGAUCAGCGUCCGCUCACUCUGACACUUCACUACUGUGUAGAAAUCCAGGUGUGCCUGAAAAAAUACUAGUGACUUUUCCCCACAGGAGAACGUCUCCCUCUGUUUGAAGAACCAUUUGUAAAACAGAAGGACGAAGAAGAAGAAGAAGAAGAGGAAUUUUAACGAACGAAAGACAUGCAUUAUACAGACUUUGGAAGCUAGAGCCGACACGUUUUAGAUAAUGUUUUAUUACUAAAACACCUUGGGUCCUUUCUUUUUAUCAGUGUUACUAAUUUUAUCACUCAUAUUUUAACCUUUAAAAGCUGUACAGUUGGGAGAUAUUUCUAUAUCUUUUUAUUGCCAAUGAACAAAAAAUAGUCAGUAUUUUGUUAAGUUGGAAGAAAAAAAAAUAGACAAAUCCUGUGCACUACAAGUGGCUCGGUUUACCUACAGGCUGAGUUUGUUGAACCCGUCAGUAUUAUCGCGCUACGCCAUCACACCGUUUAGCAUUACAGUUCAGAUUUCUGUUGUUGGGGUCGGACUGAGAGCCUUAAGGAGAGAAACGUCUGAGAGCUAACGCGUUUUAGAACCAGGCAGUAUUGAUGUUCUUUAUUUCUGUUAGUCAAGCUUGGCCGAAUCAUGAUCAAUUCCAUUUCUGAGUGAUAAAAAGUGAGCGUCACCAGAGAGGGUUCCUGAAAAGAUUCAAAACUCUUCCCAAACAAAACCCAAAGCCGUUGUUGGCCCAUUGGUAUAAAUGUAAAAGAAAAAAAUGGAUGGAUGGAUGGAUGGAUGGAUGGAUGGAUGGAUGGAUGGAUGGAUGGAUG